AUGUUCAUCCGCGCGACAAGGCUCAACACACCACCAUCAGAAGUCAACGCCCGUGCCCAGGCCAGACAAGCGUCGGGCCGGCAGACAAGGAUUCUGCACCGGCAGUCAAAGAAUCAAAGUGCCAACGCGUCGGGGGCCCCCUGUGAUCCAGAGCCAGGUUCCAACUGCCCCAGCGAGCCGGUGCGUGGUGUCCGCAGUGUCCCCCCACCCCGGGUGCCAACCGCCGGCAUGGCGAAGAACAGCGGCAGCGAGGCGCCCCUGGACGAGGGUCUCUACUCGCGGCAGCUCUACGUGCUGGGCCGGGAGACCAUGAGGAUGCUGCAGAGGUCCCGCAUCCUGGUGUCCGGCCUGCGGGGCCUGGGCGUGGAGAUCGCCAAGAACAUCAUCCUGGGCGGGGUCAAGGCUGUCACCCUCCAUGACCAGGGCACUGCCCAGUGGGCUGACCUCUCCUCUCAGUUCUACCUGCGCGAGGAGGACAUAGGCAAGAACCGGGCCGAGGUGUCGCAGCCCCGGCUCGCCGAGCUCAACAGCUACGUGACCGUCACGGCCUACACGGGACCCCUGGUCGAGGACUUCCUCAGCGGCUUCCAGGUGGUCGUCCUCACCAACAGCCCCCUGGAAGAUCAGCUGAGGCUGGGGGAGUUCUGCCACGGCCGGGGCAUCAAGCUGGUGGUGGCCGACACCCGAGGCCUCUUUGGACAGCUCUUCUGUGACUUCGGAGAGGACAUGGUCCUGACCGAUCCCAAUGGCGAGCAGCCUCUCAGCGCCAUGGUGUCCAUGGUCACCAAGGACAAUCCCGGCGUGGUCACCUGCUUGGACGAGGCCCGGCACGGCUUCGAGAGCGGCGACUGUGUCUCCUUCUCGGAGGUCCAGGGCAUGGUCCAGCUCAACGGCAGCCAGCCCAUGGAGAUCAAGGUGCUGGGGCCUUACACCUUCAGUAUCUGUGACACCACCAGCUUCUCCGACUACAUCCGUGGAGGCAUCGUCAGGCAGGUCAAAGUCCCCAAGAGGAUUAGCUUUAAGUCUCUGCCCGCCUCGCUGGCACAGCCUGACUUUGUGGUGACCGACUUCGCCAAGUGUUCUCGCCCUGCCCAGCUGCAUAUCGGCUUCCAGGCCCUGCACCGCUUCUGCGCCCAGCACGGCCGGCCACCCCGGCCUCACAACGAGGAGGACGCCACAGAGCUGGUGGCUCUGGCCCAGGUGGUAAAUGCCCAGUCCCUGCCCGAGGCGCAGCAGGGCAGCCUGAACGAAGACCUCAUCCGCAAGCUGGCUUACGUGGCUGCCGGCGACCUGGCACCCAUGAAUGCUUUCAUCGGGGGCCUGGCUGCCCAGGAGACCAUGAAAGCCUGCUCUGGGAAGUUCAUGCCCAUCAUGCAGUGGCUGUACUUCGAUGCCCUGGAAUGUCUCCCCGAGGACGGAGGUGCCCUCACGGAGGAGGAGUGCCUCCCGCGUCAGAGCCGCUACGAUGGGCAGGUGGCGGUGUUUGGCUCGGGGCUGCAAGGGAAGCUGGGCGAGCAGAAGUACUUUCUGGUGGGUGCAGGAGCCAUCGGCUGCGAAUUGCUCAAGAACUUUGCCAUGAUCGGCCUGGGCUGCGGGGACGGCGGCGAAAUCACCGUCACGGACAUGGACACCAUUGAGAAAUCCAAUCUGAACCGGCAGUUUCUCUUCCGGCCCUGGGAUGUCACCCAGAUGAAGUCAGACAGGGCCAGGGCAGCGGUGCGUCAGAUGAACCCGAGCAUCCGGGUGACCAGCCACCAGAACCGGGUGGGCCCUGACACAGAGCCCAUCUACAACGAUGACUUCUUCCAGAGGCUGGACGGGGUGGCCAACGCCCUGGACAACGUGGACGCCCGCAUGUACGUGGACCGCCGCUGCGUGUACUACCGGAAGCCGCUGCUGGAGUCCGGCACGCUGGGCACCAAGGGGAACGUGCAGGUCGUGAUCCCGUUCCUGACCGAGUCGUACAGCUCCAGCCAGGACCCGCCGGAGAAGUCCAUCCCCAUCUGCACGCUGAAGAACUUCCCCAAUGCCAUCGAGCACACCCUGCAGUGGGCGCGGGAUGAAUUCGAAGGCCUGUUCAAGCAGCCCGCGGAAAACGUCAACCAGUACCUCGCAGACCCCAAGUUUGUGGAACGGACCUUACGACUGGCGGGCACGCAGCCUCUGGAGGUGCUGGAGGCCUUGCAGCGGAGCCUGGUCCUGCAGCGGCCGCACAGCUGGGCCGACUGCGUGGCAUGGGCCUGCCACCACUGGCACACCCAGUAUGCUAACAACAUCUGGCAGCUGCUGCACAACUUUCCUCCCCAGCAGCUCACGAGCUCCGGAGCCCCGUUCUGGUCUGGGCCGAAGCGCUGCCCACACCCGCUCACCUUUGACGUGAACAACCCCCUGCACCUGGACUACGUGAUGGCCGCCGCCAACCUCUUUGCCCAGACCUACGGGCUCCCGGGCUCCCGGGACCGAGCCGCCCUGGCUACGCUCCUGCAGUCCGUGCAGGUCCCCGAAUUCACCCCCAAGCCGGACAUCAAGAUCCACGUGUCGGACCAGGAGCUGCACAGCUCCAACGCCUCCGUGGACAACGGCCACCUCCAGGAACUCAAGGCCAUGCUGCCCAGCCCGGACAAGCUCCCCGGGUUCAAGAUGCACCCCAUCGACUUUGAGAAGGACGACGACAGCAACUUCCACAUGGAUUUCAUCGUGGCCGCGUCCAACCUCCGGGCGGAAAACUACGACAUCCCGCCUGCAGACCGGCACCAGAGCAAGCUGAUCGCGGGCAAGAUCAGCCCGGCCAUCGCCACCACCACGGCGGCCGUGGUCGGCCUCGUGUGCCUGGAGCUGUACAAGGUGGUCCAGGGCCACCGGCAGCUGCGCUCCUACAAGAACGGCUUCCUCAACCUGGCUCUGCCUUUCUUCGGCUUUUCCGAGCCCCUGGCCGCGCCCCGCCACCGGUACUACGACCAAGAAUGGACCUUAUGGGAUCGCUUCGAGGUCCAGGGCUUGCAGCCGGACGGAAAGGAGAUGACCCUGCAGCAAUUUCUCGACUACUUCAAGACGGAGCACAAGCUCGAAGUCACCAUGGUGUCCGAGGGCGUGUCCAUGCUGUACUCCUUCUUCAUGCCGGCCGCCAAGCUCAGGGAGCGGCUGGACCAGCCCAUGACGGAGAUUGUGAGCCGCGUGUCCAAGCGUCGGCCUGGCCGCCACGUGCGGGCGCUGGUCCUGGAGCUCUGCUGCAAUGACGUCAGUGGCGAGGACGUCGAGGUCCCCUACGUGCGAUACGCCAUCCGCUGA